AUGGUCCGAUUAAAUCAUGCAGCGUCGUAUUUCAUGCCUCUUUUCUGCUCGACAAGGCCUUAUAUAGUGGUGCUCUCUGCAUUGUCUAGUAUUUCGCUAUUCCUAUUGUUCUAUGUGUCGUCGGAGUUACUAUUGCAUGAGUAUGAUGAUCCGUUGAUGUUCAAACCCAACUCGCAGGACUACUUCAGAACUUUCCUGCUGGGGCUCUUUUCGCCCUUUCUUUACUACUUCCUGAAGACUUUCCUUUUCAACAUAAACCAGCGGUUCUUGAUCCUGAAUCUGAUUGUCGAUUUCCCCAUCAAUGACGCCUUCAUGCUUAUUAUUCUGAUCGGGUUGGCGUAUCCUCAGGUACAAGACCAAGAAGGCACUUCACACAAGAACAAGGAAUGUUCCUGGCAUAUCAUUCCAAGGCAGGCCUAUAUCUUCGGUAUAUCAUGGGCUCUGGGUGAAUUCACCAUUUGCAUAAUUGGAAAUUUGUUUAACUAUCAAGAAAUGGCCGACCUGGGCGGUAAUAACGCUUUAACACGUCAAGAUAGCGCUAAUUGGUACUCUAAUAAUAGUAUAAGCUAUAAGGAUGAUCGUGGUUGCGGUGCAGAGAAUCGUCACAACUUUGUGAAAAGAAGUGAUAUUACGUUGUCUAAGUGUAUUGGAGUAAGAAACGACUCGUCAUCCAUAUCGAACAAUGUCUACUCAUCCGACUAUCACCCGAUCAAACCCCUGCAUUCCACGUCAUCGGCAUAUGGUAGCAUACAACAGGAAUUUCAUGAGAACAACAUAGGUGCAAACAACGAACUUCAUAUCCCUGACAUUUCCCAAGACGAUACAAUUAUCAUGAUGAAUCCUAUCGACAACUCGUUGAAAUUGACAACCCUAGAUUCUGAAGAUCUGAACUUCCCCAUGAAUGAUGAAGAUCCCAUUCUGAAAAGAUCGUUUGGUUAUACUUGGGCCAUCCCUAAUGAAAAUACUUCAACUGCUGCUAAAAGCUUUACACCAGUAAAGAAAUUUGUUGCAUUUACCUCGGCAUACCAAUUGGUUAUGAGCAUAUUCUUGAUGGUCUUGGUGGUCGGCAAUAAUAUCAUGUUAACCAUUGGAGAGUCGUUGAUUCUAUCGAUGUAUUUUGUUUAUGUUCGCGGUCACGAGGACUUGUUUACCCCCAUAGUGAAUUAUUUCGGUUCGAGAACCAUUUCAAAUUUCAUCCUAUGCGUGAUAAUACCAUUACUCUUUUUGAACUUCAUCGUAAAUACAGCGAUAUAUCUAAGAAGGGAGCUGGACGACUGGUUCAAUGAUUCGCAGGGGGAAUAUGACGAGGAUGACCAAGACGCUGCCAAGAAGAGACUAGCCUUGAGUCGUGAUUAUCAGCAUCCGCUGAGUGUAAACUACACCGCGGGGGAUAAUUCCGAUGCAAUGAAUGGCGCGGGCCAUUUUGCAUUGAGUCCCGGCCAGCCACUGGGCGACUCCACCUUAUAUUAUGGUAAUUCUAAUAGCAACUAUGACAAUACAACUAAUGAACCCGCCUUCUUGAGGUUUUGUAAGAAACUAGUCAAAAUUUGGAGGGCUUUGGCAAGAAACGAUUCAUUCGUACUCGGAGUAAUGGUUUCAUGGAGUUUAGCCGUCUUCUUGACAGGUAUCGUCUCCGCCGUUUAUAUAUAG